GUCGCAUGUACGCUAUAGCGUUCUCACCACAAGCAUAUCGUUGACCACUUAGCCUCUCCACUACCUGUCAUCUUGAGAAUCUACUUCUGACCCGAAAAGACGUUAUGUCUGCAGAAGAUAAAGUGCGGUCGACAAAGUUGAAGUUCAAAGGCGAGAAGAGCAAGAAGAAGCGCAAGAGAGAGGACGGUGAGGAAAGCAGCAGCCGUCGUCGCCGAAAGGAGGAGGAAGAAAGCCCUGAGACAUGGGUACUUCCUGAGAGCGGCAGUGAGAUUCGCGGGCCUACCUUCAUCAUGCAUCCCUCAGAUCCGUCUCCAAUCUGCAUCACGUAUGAUUCUACCCGUGGUCGUAUCAUCUUGCAUGCGUUGGACAAAGACAAGGCCGACAACGUGCAGGAGUCGGUCAAUAUACUGGAUCGUACACCAACAGAAGUUUCGCAGGUCUGGGUGACGACCCGCGUAGCAGGCUCGCCGACGAUCAACCUGCGUACGGGGACAGGUGAAGGGAAGUUUCUGUCCUGCGACAAGCACGGCUUGGUCUCAGCAGACAGAGAGGCUCGCGGACCGCAGGAAGAAUGGACGCCUGUCGUCUUCCCAGACGGAAUGGUUGCUUUCCAGAACGUUUACGAGAAAUAUCUAGGCAUAGACGAGGUCGCUGGUGGAAACUUGGCACUUCGUGGCGAUUGCGAAGAGGUCGGUUUCCCAGAGCGUUUCUGGGUGAAGAUUCAAAGCAAAUAUAAGCGCGAAGCCUAUGAAGAGGAGAAGAAGAAGAAAGAGGGAAUGACGGACGAGACGAAGUUCGACGAAGCCAGUGCAAAUAAGGUGUAUCAGGCCUGGGGAGCCGGCAGAUCGAUCGUGUCUGCUGAGGACAAGAAAGAGCUCAAGCGUGCGCGAAAGGAAGGUAGACUUGCGGAGGCCUUGCUGGAUCGGCGAUCAAAGCUCAAAAGUGAUCGAUUCUGCUGAGUUUAUGACCAGCCGUUCACUGCACUCCGAUCGUCAUUUUCCGUGGAACGGUAUGGACAAUGUACUAUGUGAUUUUAUUGGCCCUCCAAUAUUAAUUGUACAAUUUCGCGUCGUGCACGUUAUGCUUUCUUGUCUUUGGGGAAUGAUUAAUGAUUCCUAUAUGUACCGUCUCCUGUAAACAAGAGCGCUCUGUGAGCUCUAUAUAUAGACGCGUUUAUAAAGCUAUCUUCUCGAUUGGCUGCCC